UAUUGAGUCCUGGGCGCCUCUGCAGGCUAUGGUUUCGUUUCCUUUCCCUGGCGGUGCUGAUUCAGAAAAGUCAGCUGCUUGAAUUCUUGGGUACGACACUAACUGGGCUCCGCCCAUCUCGGUCGAGGGGCGGGCGCUAAGGGGAGCCUCUCCGCCAGUCACUGAAGUCGGCGCUGAGGUUCCGAACGGCUAGUCCAGCCCGGAAGAGGGCGGGGUUUUUGGCUCCACCAAUGAGGCACGUGGGGAGGGCGUGGCUGAGCUCGGGUCGCCUCGGAGAGCCCGGAACCGCAGGUGUGCAGCGCCGGUGACCCGUUCCGCCGCUCACGAUCUGGGUCCGCCGGAGUCGGGGGCGGGGUGGAAACGGUUCUUGAGCCGCCCGGAGGAUUGCAAGUUGCCGCGGGAGCCACUGGGAGGAGCGGCCCUGGAUCCUCAGAAGAGUCCAGAUGGCGCAGUGGGAGAUGCUGCAGAAUCUUGACAGCCCAUUUCUGGACCAGUUGCACCAGCUCUACUCUCAAGUCCUCCUGCCAAUGGAUGUUCGACAGCACCUGGCUGCCUGGAUCGAAGACCAGAACUGGAGGGAAGCCGUGCUAGGCAACGAUCACUCCAAGGCCAACAUGCUGUACUUCAACAUCUUGGAGCAGCUGAAGCAGUGGGACCACAGCUCGGAUCCUGAUUGCUUUUUAUUGCAGCAUAACUUGCGAAAAUUCAACCGGGACAUCCAGACUUUACCCAAUGGUCCUACCCAGUUGGCUGAGAUGAUCUUUAACCUUCUCCUGGAAGAGAAGAGAAUUCUGAAUCAGGCUCAAAGGGCUCAGGAGGUGCAAGCUGGCCCAGCUCCCGAAGCCGCGGCGAGAAGCCAGCAGCUGGAGAUUGAAACCCGAAUCCUGGAUUUACAGGCUGUGGUUGAGACGUUUGUGAAAUCCGUCAGGCAACUGAAAGACCUGCACGAUGUCUUCAGCUUCCGAUACACGAUUCUCACUCAGAAGAAGACGCCAUCUUUGGACCCCCAUCAGAACCAACAGCAACAGCUUGUGCAGACAACAGCCAACGAACUGGACAGAAUGAGAAAGGAGGUGCUGGAUACCUCCAGGGCCCUAGUGGGCCGAUUAACCACCCUGGUCGACCUGUUGCUGCCAAAAUUGGAUGAGUGGAAGAUGCAGCAGCAGAAAUCCUGCAUUGGAGCCCCAGCACCGGAGCUGCAGCUGGAACAGCUGGAGCAGUGGAUGACGUCUGGAGCAAAACUCUUGUUCCACCUCCGGCUGCUGCUGAGACAGUUAAAGGAAAUGAGUUACAUGCUGAAGUACGAGGGUGACAUGUUUAGCCAAGGGGUGGACCUGCAGAAUGCCCAAGUCACGGAGUUACUACAGCGCCUGCUCCAAAGGUCCUUCGUGGUGGAAACCCAGCCCUGCAUGCCCCAAACUCUCCACCGACCCCUCGUCCUGAAGACUGGGAGCAAGUUCACUGUCCGAACAAGAUUGCUGGUAAGACUCCAGGAGGGCAACGAGUCCCUCAAAGCAGAAGUCUCCAUUGACAGGAAUUCAGAGUUAUCGGGCUUCCGGAAGUUCAACAUUCUGACCUCAAACCAAAAAACCUUGACCCCUGAGGAGGGCCAGAGACAAGGCUUAAUUUGGGACUUCGGCUUCUUGACACUGGUGGAGCAGCGUUCAGGUUCAGGAAAGGGUAACAAUAAGGGGCCGCUGGCUGUGACGGAGGAGUUACACAUCAUCAACUUCGUGGUGCAAUAUGUAUACCAGGGUCUGAAGAUGGAGCUGCAGACGGACACACUUCCUGUUGUGGUCAUUUCCAACAUGAACCAGCUCUCCAUUGCUUGGGCCUCAGUUCUCUGGUUCAACAUGCUCAGCUCAAACCCCCAGAACCUCCAGUUCUUCUGCCAGCCCCCAAAAGCCCCCUGGAGCUUGCUGGAGCCUGUCCUCAGCUGGCAGUUCUCCUCCUACAUUGGCCGAGGCCUCGGUUCUGAGCAGCUGAGCAUGCUGAGGAACAAGCUAUUCGGAAAGAACUGCAAGGUGGAGGAGGCACUGUUGUCCUGGGUGGACUUCAGUAAGCGAGAGAGCCCCCCUGGCAAGAUCCCUUUCUGGAUAUGGCUGGACAAAAUUCUGGACCUGGUCCAUGACCACCUGAAGGGUCUCUGGAAUGACGGGCGCAUCAUGGGCUUUGUGAGCCGGAGCCAGGAACGCCGGCUGCUGAAGAAGAUGGUCUCCGGCACCUUCCUGCUGCGCUUCAGCGAAACUACCGAAGGCGGCAUCACUUGCUCGUGGGUGGAACACCAGGAUGAUGAUAAAGUGGUCAUCUACUCCGUGCAGCCCUACACCAAGGAAGUGCUGCAGUCACUCCCGCUGACAGAAAUCAUCCGCCACUACCAGGUUCUUGCGGACGAGAACAUCCCUGAGAACCCGCUGCAAUUCCUCUAUCCCAGAAUCCCUCGGGACGAAGCUUUUGGGUGCUACUACCAGGAAAAAGUUGAUUUUGAAGAACGGAGGAAAUAUCUGAAGCACAGGCUCAUCGUCAUCUCUAACAGACAGGCGGACGAGCUGCAGCAACCUCCGGAGCUUCAACAGGAGCCAGAACUGGAGCCAUUAGAGCUAAAUGCAACCAUGGCAACCAUGGAGUUAGAACAAGACCUGGAGUUACCGAUGCUGCUGGAGACAGGGCUGGAACUAAACCCCACACCGUGUGUGACCCCAGCGCCAAGUCUGGAGACAGACCCAAGACUCUUUCCGGAGUCGGAUUUACCUCAUGAUCUGCAGCAGCUGAACAUGGAGGAGAUGGAAAUCUUCAGAAACAGCAUAGACAUUCGUAAUAUCAUGCCCCACGGGGACCCACUGUUGGCUGGCCAGAACAUCGCAGACGAAGCCUACAUGUCCUGCCAAAGCCAUUUUCAUGUGGAUGGACCCUUGAUUCCUUCUGAUGACUAGGAGCCACGUUCCCGUUUUGCCCCCCACCUCGCAUGCACCAGGACGUUGCUUCCAACAGUGGCAAAUGAGGCCUUCGAAGCUGCAUUAGCCAUGAACUUUGGAGUAGGAGGGAAAAGCAUAAGAUGGCUUGGAAGCCGUGCCAAGGAGUCAGAAGAGACACUGGCUGUAGUCGUACUAGGAUCCGAAGGCUGCCUGCCACGCUGGAAGACCCGGGGGUCCUGAGGAAGGGCAUGCCAAUAGGGUUCCUCCUACAGCGUCUGCCCGGCGGCGGCGCAGUCCUCCCCUCCACAGUAACCCUGAGACUCUUCCGAAGACGUCAAGCUGUGCUGCUUUAGCAGCCUUACCUCUGCUUCCCCAGCUCUGGGGGGCGUCCCUCCUAGAGGUCUGGAAGGCAAGGUGUCCGAGCGCUGGGAUUGCUUUUCAUGGUGUUCAGUAGGACUGUUUGACAGGAAGUGCCGCAGCUGGGCUGUGCUAAUAAGUUGUCACUGCUUCUUCUGUACAUUGUUAACUUGAAAGCACAGCUCCGUCCCUUAGGUGUGGCCUGCCUGGGCAAGGACCUCAGAGGCUUCUGGACAUCCUUAAGCCUCAGCCAUUGCCAGGGAGCCCGGGAGCAGCUGCCACUACUCUAAGGUCGGCUUGUGAUAGGACUUGGUUAAUGAACCUGAGGGAGGCAUACUGUGACCGUUGCUACCCGGGGUGUCAGAAGAGCAGUCCUGUUGAGGGAGGGUGCCAUGAAGGGGACUUGAACAAAGCCAAGGGACUAGACGUGGAAGAUGUACAGAGGAACAAGGAAACUCAGGGAGCUAAAAGCAGAAGUCAUGAGAAAAAGGCCCUGGCUGACAGGUGAAGUUAAGAUUCCAGCAGAAGCUGGGCUGGGUGGCGCACGCCUUUAAUCCUAGCACUCCAGAGGCAGAGAGGCUGGUGGAUCUGAUCUAUGUGAAUUCAAGGCCAGAUGGUCUACAAAGUGAGUUCUGGGAUAGCCAGGGCUACACAGA